GGGGCGUGCGCCAACACAUCACGUGACCACGUCGCUUUGAGCGUAUAAGUAGCGCGAGCGCCCGGUUUGCGUUCUGCACUCAGGCUCGAUCAAGAGCAAGAGCACCGAGCAGACCGAACAACAACAAAAAAAACAGUCGAGUCUCGCGACAGAUCUGGCGAAAACAAGCAGAAAAACUCAGACACAUACGGAGGAAAGAAAGAAGGAAAGAAAAAAAGAAAGAAAAAUGGCGACCUACACGCGCUCAGACAGCUGCCGGGUUUGUCCGUCGGCACGCGCUAACCGCUUCGACACGGCGCGACGCAAGCGCGCAUCUCCGGACAUCUUCGCGCACGUGAGCGAGGACGCGCUCGCGCGCCUUUUCCGCAAGGCGGGCGACGCGGUGGCCGAGGAGCGCGCGCGCAGCAUCUUCGCGUGCGCCAGCGACCCGGACGAGACCGCGCGCGCGCUCAUGGCGCUCAAGCAGCGCAAGAAGGACAAGUUCCUGCGGAUCGCGCGCACGCUCCGCGGCAUGCUGAGGCUGCGCUGAACCGGGAGCGCGCGAGCUUUUUUUUCCAGUCGCGGCACAUGCACAACAGCGAAAGAAAAAAAAGGGACAGCAGAUGUCAAACGAGUUGUGGAGCACCGUCUCCCAGUCGUCUCCGCGCGCGCGAAGGAUUCUCAAGCGACACGGAGCGAGGAAACUUCCAGAUCCCUGAGACAGAAACGCGCACGAGCUGGCAGGGACCAGACACCGCAUGGAAGGCCAAAAGGUUCCAAAAACGCCACAAAUGAACAAAUGAAGUUUGCCGUGCUGUGGUGAUUGAAAUCCCACACAGACACACACAAGCAGCAACUGUGAGAUGAUGAGAUGAAGCUCAGCUGCAUGCUGCAAUGCACAUCCCAAAUGAAGGAGCACAUGAAGAAAGUACCAGAAACCUUUCAUGAACAUUUUUUCUGGUGCAAAAGACACUAAUGCACAUGAUGAACACUUGUCUCAAUGCACAUGCUUAUUAUAUUUCUAUUUUAAAUUUCUUCGUUUUUCUUACAAAAUUUUUUUUUUUGGAUGUGUUUAUUUUUUGCACAACGUUUAUCAUUUGCACAAUAAAUUAUAACAAAAAAAAUU